UGUGGUCUUUGUUGCAUGUUCGGAAAUGUUCAAAAUAAAUCCAGUUUUCCAUCUUCCGCAUACCUAUCAAGUGCAGGGGUGUGGGAGGGUUUGGAGCCUAUCCCAGGCUGCAGAGGGCACAAGGCAGGGAUACAACUAGGAUGGGAGGUUUCCCAUUGCAUAGGAAUUGGAUUUUCUACCUGUUAUUUACAUUGGGAGCACCCACCUUCCAAGCGAGAAAACACAUGCUCCACACUUCUGAAAAUACAUGGACGGGAACAUGUAUUAUGUGCCAAGAACCUGGUGAAGAAGGACUUCUUUCGUCUACCGGACCCUUUCGCCAAGGUCGUAGUUGACGGAUCGGGACAGUGCCAUUCCACAGACACGGUGAAGAGCACUUUGGAUCCCAAGUGGAACCAGUAUUAUGACCUAUAUGUUGGGAAGAGCGACUCCAUAACCAUCAGCGUGUGGAAUCACAGGAAAAUCCACAAGAAGCAGGGAGCCGGCUUCCUGGGCUGUGUCAAGCUGCUGUGCAACGCCAUCAGCAGGCUGAAGGAUACUGGCUACCAGCGUCUGGAUCUAUGCAAACUUAACCUCACUGACAGCGAUGCUGUGCGUGGCCAAAUAGUAGUGAGCUUACAGACCCGGGAUCGGAUCGGAAGCGGCGGGCCUGUCGUCGACUGCCGGGGCCUUUCAGAAAAUGAAGGGCCAGUCUAUGAAGACUCUGGGCCAGGAAGACCCCCCAGCUGCCUCAUGGAGGAGCCGCUGCCCUACACUGACAGCACGGGGGCGGCAGGCGGGGGCGUCUGCCGCUUCCCGGAGUCACCCAAUCAGGAGCAGCGGCUCCAGGUGCAGCGGAUAAGGAGCCAGGAAGCCAGAGGCCACGCCCACACACCUCAGAACCGGCCACAUGGGCACCAGUCGCCGGAGCUGCCCGAGGGCUACGAGCAAAGGACCACAGUCCAAGGGCAGGUUUAUUUUUUACAUACGCAGACUGGCGUAAGCACCUGGCAUGACCCAAGAAUACCACGGGAUCUGAACAGCGUGAGCUGUGAAGACCUAGGUCCUCUUCCCCCAGGCUGGGAGGUCAGGAGCACAGUGUCGGGGAGGAUUUAUUUCGUGGACCAUAACAACCGGACGACACAGUUCACAGACCCCCGGCUGCAUCACAUCAUGAGUCAACAUUCACAGGCGAAGGAGUCGAGCCAGGCCCUCCCGGCGCCGGGGGAGACCCCCGUGGAUGAGGGGCCCGAGGGCGAGCUGCCCGUGCGCUGUGAGCGUGACCUGGUGCAGAAGCUGAAGGUGCUGCGUCACGAGCUGUCGUUGCAGCAGCCCCAGGCGGGCCACUGCCGCGUCGAGGUGUCUCGCGAGGAGAUCUUUGAGGAAUCUUACAGGCAGAUUAUGAAGAUGAGGUCUAAAGAUCUGAAGAAGCGUUUGAUGGUAAAAUUCCGUGGAGAAGAAGGCCUCGAUUAUGGUGGUGUGGCAAGGGAGUGGUUGUAUCUCCUUUGUCAUGAGAUGCUGAAUCCAUACUACGGACUGUUCCAGUAUUCAACUGAUAACAUAUACACCUUACAAAUUAAUCCUGACUCCUCCAUCAACCCUGACCAUUUGUCUUACUUCCACUUUGUGGGUCGGAUAAUGGGCCUGGCCGUGUUCCACGGGCACUACAUCAACGGCGGCUUCACGCUGCCCUUCUACAAGCAGCUGUUGGGGAAGCCCAUCCAGCUGUGCGACCUGGAGACGGUGGACCCCGAGCUGCACAAGAGCCUGGUGUGGAUCCUAGAGAAUGAUAUCACGACUGUCCUGGAUCACACAUUUUGCGUGGAACAUAAUUCUUUCGGUAAAUUUCUUCAGUAUGAACUCAAACCUAAUGGUAGAAACAUCCCCGUCACAGAAGAGAACAAAAAGGAGUAUGUGAGGCUCUAUGUGAACUGGCGCUUCAUGAGAGGCAUUGAAGCCCAGUUUCUAGCCCUGCAGAAAGGCUUCAAUGAGUUAAUCCCACAGCAUCUGCUAAAGCCGUUCGAUCACAAGGAGCUGGAGCUGAUCAUCGGCGGCCUGGGCAAGAUCGACCUGAGUGAUUGGAAGGCCAACACAAGGCUGAAGCACUGUGUGGCCGACAGCAACGUGGUCAAGUGGUUCUGGCAGACGGUUGAGUCCUUCGACGAGGAGCGGAGGGGGCGUCUGCUGCAGUUUGUCACGGGUUCCACCCGCGUGCCCCUGCAGGGGUUUAAAGCACUACAAGGUUCUGCAGGAUCUGCAGGACCAAGACUGUUUACCAUCCACCUGAUAGAUGCCAACACGGACAACUUGCCGAAAGCUCACACCUGGUGAGAUUUUAUUGUCCACACGAGG